AUUCGUUCUCGAAGCACCACAACAAGGAAGUCCCUCAGUCGCCAGUUCAACCAGUUUUUUGGGUUGUUGUUUUUUUUUUUUUACACACACAUAGAUAUAUAUAUGUAGGGUUUUGUUUUUUUCACGGAAACGACAGAUGUUUUCCUCGUAGCGCAGGUAAAAUUCACGUCGUUUUAAGUUGUUCCGGCCUUUCUGCUGUAAGUAGUUCCUGAGCGACAAAACGGUGUCCAAACAUGGUAACUGUAGACACUUUCAUUUUCAAGUUGCAAAAAUCCCUCCAAUUGGUGGCGAAGGUGAACUUGAGGCAACAAGUGCGUACUUAAGAAAAACAACAGUCAUAGCAAAAGUGGCACAAUGUCGCUUGAAAGCCUGGAGGAAAGAACGGUGGAGGUGCUGCAGCUGCCGGACACAGUAGACGAAUUAUUCCUGCAACUGUACUUUGAGAAUAAGCGUCGCUCUGGGGGAGGCCCACUCGUGUCUGUUGAGAAAAAGGGUGACUGCGCCAUACUGGUGUUUGAAGAUGCCGAAGUUGUUGCCCAAGUGCUGUCCAGGCGCCAUGUUCUGCAUAAUAUUGAGCUGUGUGUGAGAAAACCUGCCACAAAAGACCAGUGCAGGAUCUUGCUUCGCGGCAUCAAGCCCAACACUAGCAUCGAGAUGAUUGAGCUUUAUGUAGAGAACAUGACAGGGUUGAAUGUAACAGACUUCACACUAUAUCCCUCACCAGGAGGAGAUGUCAUUCUCAUUCACCUCAACCAGCCCUUAUCACAAGAUUUCCAAAACCUCAGUGCAAAGGUCUCUAAAAGGACACUGAAAGGGGCCAACGUAACACUGGAACAGAUUGAGCAAACCGACUCUAUUUUACUAGUGAACUUGCAUCCGGGCACCACUCCAGACCUGCUCAUUCUGUACUUUGAGAGCAAGCGAGGUGGCGGUCAGAAGGUGAAGGAGGUUACCAUGCUAUCUGAGGGCACAGCGAAGGUGUCCUUUGUCAACCAUGAAUCUUUAGGCCCGAUCCUGGAUCAGCAACACACACUGGAAGGUGCUGAGCUAGGAGUAAAGCCGUACUUUGACUUUCUCCAACCAAGAGAAGGAGCAGCAUCACCACAGUCUGGAAGUGGAAGCCAGGAAAUGACAGAAAUAAACUCUGAGGAUCUGUGUGAUCUUCAGAUGCAGACCAGUCCCCCCAUGGUGGCUAACAGCCCGUCUUCUCUGGCACCUUCACAGCCUCUUGCUUUCCUUGAGGCAGCAGUGGAAGUUAUGGAGGAGCAAACUGGGAAUGCGGAUACACCGAUGAGCCAUAUUGCUGUUGCUGACCCAGUAAAGUUAACUUUGUUUCGACUCAGCCCGCUUUCACAGGACAUUAAAAAGGCUCAUCCAGAUUUCACCGUUGAAACAAAAGAUGACGGUGUGCUCAUCGUGGGGACUGACCAACAAAUGUUGGAGCAGAUAAAACACACCAUCUUGGAGUGUCUUGGCAAUAUGGUUAAAGCUCAUUUCACCCUGGAGCCAGAAAACGCUCAGUUCCUUGCAAGGAAAGAUGUGCAAGAGCGACUGCUGCAAACCAUGAGUCAAAGCAAGUCACCCUCCAUGUACUCUGUAUCAGAUACAAAAGUGUCCGUAGCAUCAUUGAGCCACGACUCAGCUGACCAGACAUUUAGCUUUUUGAAAUCCCAGAUCUGUCACAUCAGCAUACCUCUGGAGACAGAAUGUGAAAGCAUGUUGUAUUGCAGAGAGUGGUCCGAGUUCCUGCAGGCUCUGCCCUUCUCCUCUGUCAAGGUGUCGGAACAAGGGAGGAAUGUUGAUGUGUUGACUCUGAAAGGGAUGGAGAGUGAGAGGCAGAAUGCAAUCCUGCAAUUUCUUUACACGCCCAUUGAGAAGGAGACUGUGAUCCCUAUGGAUCCAGGAAUGCUGACCUACAUGCAGACCUACUAUCAUCAGCUCUUGGCUGACAUGGACCAAGUGUCCAUUUUCCCUCUGGAGGCAGACGGCAACACUUGUGGGUUAAAGAUCCAUGGCCAUGUGACUGCCUGCCAAAUGGCUGAGGAGGUGCUGCAAAGUGUGAUCUCCUCUGUCUGCACCAAAACGAUCACAGUCACUGCUCCAGGACUAACCAGGUUUUUAGAUCAUGAAGAGUGUAAGAGCAUCCUGAGUCAGAUGGAGAGAAGGUUCCAGGUGUAUGUCAACAUUAAGUACACGCCCUGGGAACAUCUGCCAUAUGGGGACUUUUUUACAAUUGCAUGGAACAUCAUAGCCCAGAGGAACUUUCAGAGAGUGUGUGUGGAUGAUUCUGCACAGGAGUUAAAUUCACUUUCGGUGAACACUGAUCAAAAUGGAGUUGACGCAAACCUUGAAAACAGUGUGGCCAAGUCAGACAAACUUGAUGUCAUGGAUGUUGUUGACCUGUCCACAGCAGUGGUACUGCCCAGCCUUCAAAACCAGGUCUCUGAUGGGACGGCCGUUGAUGCCUCCCAGUCCUCAGUAGAGGGGAACACAGUCAGUGGUUCAUACCCGGGCCUCUGUAGCAGUCUGGGAGAGGAAGCCCAGCUCUCUUUGGCCAUCCAGUACUCAAUGGAGUCAAGCCAGUGGUCCCCAGUGGACGAAGAGGAACAGCUGAAAAAAGCCUUAGAGCUGUCCAUGAUCCCACAUGAAGCCUCUUCUUGUGGCACUGCUGAGAGCCCGCAAGUGAAACAAAGGGAGAACAUCCUAGAUUCUUUUCAGAAAGCCCUCUUAGCAGCCAGCACCAUCCAGCUCGAUGUGUUUGCACCCUACCCCUGUGAUCUGACUCGAGUGGACAUAGCCUUUGGGAAGAGGGUUAGCCAGAAUCAGGUGGAGGAGAAAGUUGAGCAUUGGAGCCUGAGGAAAAUAUCUGACUACCACAAGAUGUGUUUGGAGGUGAUCAAGAGGAAGCAUGGAGUGGAAAUUCAAGUCGAGGCCACCAUACUCACCAUUUCAGGAUUCAAGGACUUUGUAUAUGGCGGCAUGUGUGACGUGAAGCUGCUGCUGGAGAAUAUGGAAAAGUCUGUGUCCAACCAGGAGAUCCUGAAGACUGUUCAGUGGGUCACACUUGGUCCAGCCACUUCAGACACGACUCCAUACUCGCCAGAUGCAAUCGUGUUCAUUGAGAACAAUUGGAGGUUAAAGAAAGAUGAGGUUAAAAUCAUACUUGACAAUCAGCUCCACAUCAUUGACUUUGAAAAAAUGCAAGAACGCAACAAAGCCUCUGGGAAAUGUGUGAAAAUCUCUAGGAGGUUGCUUGAUGUGGAUAAUUUGGAAGAGGACUUACCAGAAGAAGAAUACUCUCUGCUGUCAAAUCUGCCUGAAGUAUCCAAACUCGAUCAGGGGUCUGAUGAAUUCAACACUGUGGUGAAGAACUUCUAUGACACCCUCCAUCACUCCAACAGCAAGAUCCGAAUCAUAAAGGUUGAAAAGCUCAUGAAUCGGCUGCUGUACAGACAGUACAGGUUGAAGAAGGCGAGCAUCGUGCAGCACGCCACAUAUCCAGAAAUUGAACGCACUCUAUACCAUGGCACAGGUGAAGAGAGUGUGAAAGAAAUAUUUGUUCAUGGAUUCAACCGAAGCUUCUGUGGAAAGAAUGCCACUGUCUAUGGUCAGGGGGUGUAUUUUGCUGUCAACGCUGCGCUGUCUGUCGAUGAUCGGUUUUCUCCCCCAAACACGAAUGGAUACAAGUUUGUUUUCGUGUCAAAGGUUCUUACGGGAGACUUCACAUUAGGUGACCAUGCAAUGAAGACCGCACCGCUGAAGAAAGCCAGUGAUAUUCCCCUGAGAUAUGACAGUGUGACGGAUGACAUCACCAAGCCGUCGAUGUUUGUCAUCUUCAACGAUACGCAGGCUUUUCCAGAGUAUCUCAUUACCUGCCAGAAAAUCUUCAAAAACUCUGAGAAUUAAGAGUUGUUGUUUUUUUUUUUGCUUUGGUUAAAUACGUGAUUGCUCCACUACGGAAGUAAAAUUAAUUCUGAUUUUUUGUCAGAAUUCUGACUUUAAUUUCAGGAAUAAUGCUGUUUUAUUUUAUUUUAAUACUCUUCCAUACUCAGUAAAGGGCUAAUGUGCUUUAUUGUGUAGUUGUUUUUGGAUUAAAAAUGUCCAAAGUG